UAUCAUAACAAAGAUGGCUUAUUUGAAGAGAUAUUUUAUUUAUGUAGUAUUAUUAGUUUUAAAUUUACUAUCAGAUGUAGGUGCUGAAGUAUGUACAUAUUAUGAUGACAUAUUAGAUGAAAUAACAACGUUUGAUUGUUCUUCUGGAUGUUGUGACGAUUCGUGCUGUGAUGGUUAUUGGUCAGAUUCGUCCCUGGCUGCAAUAGUGAUAACAGUAAUAAUUGGCUCAACCGUGUUUAUAGCUAUCGUGGUUGGUGUAUGUUGUCGGUGUACACGCAGUCACAGAACAGCUGGAAGGGUGGUCAGACAUGAUAGGAUUCCUAUUAUAAGCACAGAAAACUCUAGUGGAAUCUGUGACCAGUUGGCUGUUCCGUUUACUGUAUUUCCAACUCCAGUGCAACCACCAUCAUAUGAACAGGCAAUAUUUUCCAGUGGCGGGAAUGAUUCACAAGUAGAACCGAAAUAUUGAUAAAUAUUGUAAUUUACACAGUGAAGUGAACAAAAUAGUAUUCAUGAUUGUGUAACAAUAAUUGUUUCAUAAUUGUGUGGCUUGAAAUCAGAGCUAACUUUAAUAUUAAUUCAGGGAAUAAUUACGAGAUUUGACAAUGUUGUCGACUCAUUACACAAAAUAACAAAUUUUACAA